ACCUCCUCAAUGAGCCACAUUGUCGCGGGCGAGUACCGCGGCGCGCGCUGCUCCGGGGCCGCCUCUGCUCCGCUCCGCACCGCUCCGCUCCGCACCCCGCCGCGCAAGAUGAUCGCCUCCCACCUGCUCGCUUACUUCUUCACCGAGCUCAACCAUGACCAGGCGCAGAAGAUCGACAAGUACCUCUACCACAUGCGGCUCUCCGAGGAGACCCUCCAGGAGGUAUCCCAGCGUUUCGGGAAGGAGAUGGAGAAAGGGCUGGGAGCAGACACCAACCCCACCGCCUCGGUGAAGAUGCUGCCCACCUUCGUGAGAUCCACCCCGGAUGGGACAGAGGAUGGGGACUUCUUGGCACUGGACCUCGGUGGCACCAAUUUCCGCGUGCUGAGAGUGAAGGUGUCCGACAACGGCCUGCAGAAGGUUGAAAUGGAGAAUCAGAUCUACGCCAUCCCCGAGGAACUCAUGCGAGGCAGCGGGGUGCAGCUCUUUGACCACAUUGCUGAGUGCUUGGCCAACUUCAUGGAGAAGCUGAAAAUCAAAGACAAGAAACUCCCCCUUGGGUUCACCUUCUCCUUCCCGUGUCACCAGACCAAGCUGGAUGAGAGCAUCCUCGUUACGUGGACGAAGGGAUUCAAAUGCAGCAGCGUGGAGGGGAAAGACGUGGUGUCGAUGCUGCGCAAGUCCAUCAAGAAAAGAGGGGACUUUGACAUUGACAUCGUGGCUGUGGUGAACGACACCGUUGGGACCAUGAUGACCUGUGGCUACGAUGAUCAUAACUGUGAAGUUGGCCUCAUUGUUGGUACCGGUACCAAUGCCUGUUACAUGGAGGAGAUGAGGCACAUUGACCUGGUGGAAGGGGACGAAGGUCGGAUGUGCAUCAACAUGGAGUGGGGGGCCUUCGGUGACGACGGCGUGCUCAACGACAUCCGGACAGAGUUCGACCGCGAGAUAGACAUGGGCUCGCUCAACCCUGGCAAACAAUUGUUUGAGAAGAUGAUCAGUGGGAUGUACAUGGGAGAGCUGGUCAGACUCAUCCUGGUGAAAAUGGCCAAGGAAGGGCUCUUGUUUGGAGGAAGGCUCACACCAGAUUUGCUCACUACCGGCCACUUUGAGACCAGAUAUGUCUCUGCUAUUGAGAAGGAGAAAGAAGGACUGCAGAAAGCCCACGAGAUCCUCACCAAGCUGGGCCUGGAGCCAUCUCAUGAAGACUGUGUGGCCACCCACCGCAUCUGCCAGAUCGUCUCCACCCGCUCGGCCAACCUGUGCGGGGCCACCCUGGCAGCUGUGCUGCGACGCAUCAAGGAGAACAAGGGGGUGGACCGGCUGCGGUCCACGGUCGGCGUGGAUGGCUCUGUCUACAAGAAGCAUCCUCACUUUGCCCGGCGCCUCCAUAAGACAGUGCGGAAGCUGCUACCGGACUGCGAGAUCCGUUUCGUGCGGUCAGAAGAUGGAAGUGGCAAAGGGGCAGCCAUGGUGACGGCGGUGGCCUACAGACUGGCCGCCCAGCACAAAGCACGGCAGAAGAUUUUGGAGGCGCUCAAGCUGAGCCACGAGCAGCUCCUGGAGGUGAAGCAAAGGAUGAGGAUAGAGAUGGAGAAGGGGCUGGGCAAGGAGACGCACGCAGAGGCAGCGGUGAAAAUGCUUCCCACCUACGUGUGCUCAACUCCAGAUGGGACAGAAAAAGGAGAUUUCCUCGCCCUGGACCUGGGAGGUACCAAUUUCCGUGUGCUGCUGGUGCGCGUCAGGAACGGGAUGAGGCGUGGUGUCGAGAUGCACAACAAGAUCUACUCCAUCCCAGUGGAGAUCAUGCAGGGGACGGGAGAGGAGCUCUUCGACCACAUCGUCCACUGCAUCUCCGACUUCCUGGAAUACAUGGGAAUGAAGGGCGUAUCACUCCCGCUUGGAUUCACAUUCUCCUUCCCUUGCCAGCAGAACAACCUGGAUGAGGGGAUUCUCCUGAAGUGGACAAAAGGUUUCAAGGCAACUGGCUGUGAAGGAGAAGAUGUGGUGAACCUGCUGAAGGAGGCAAUUCACAGGAGAGAGGAAUUCGACCUGGACGUGGUCGCGGUGGUAAAUGACACAGUUGGCACCAUGAUGACCUGUGGGUACGAAGACCCCUGUUGCGAAGUUGGGCUGAUAGUCGGCACAGGCAGCAAUGCCUGUUACAUGGAGGAGAUGAGGAACGUGGAGCUGGUGGAGGGGGAGGAGGGCAGGAUGUGCGUCAACAUGGAAUGGGGGGCGUUUGGUGACAACGGGUGCUUGGAUGACAUACGGACGGAGUUUGAUGUGGCGGUGGAUGAGCUGUCUCUCAACCCUGGGAAGCAAAGGUUUGAGAAGAUGAUCAGCGGGAUGUACCUGGGGGAGAUCGUCCGAAACAUCCUGAUGGAUUUCACCAAGCGAGGGCUGCUCUUCCGGGGACGGAUCUCAGAGAGGCUGAAGACCAGAGGGAUCUUUGAGACCAAGUUCCUGUCCCAGAUAGAAAGCGACUGCCUGGCCCUGCUCCAAGUCCGCUCCAUCCUCCAGCACCUCGGCCUGGAGACCACGUGCGAUGACAGCAUCAUCGUGAAGGAGGUGUGCACGGUGGUGGCCCGGCGGGCAGCUCAGCUCUGCGGGGCUGGCAUGGCAGCCGUGGUGGACAAGAUCCGGGAGAACCGCGGGCUGGACUUCCUCAAGGUCACGGUCGGUGUGGAUGGGACCCUCUACAAGCUGCACCCUCACUUCUCCACCGUCAUGCACGAAACAGUGAAGCAGUUGUCUCCAAAGUGCGAAGUGACCUUCCUCCAGUCGGAAGACGGCAGCGGCAAGGGCGCAGCGCUCAUCACGGCGGUGGCCUGCCGGAUCCGGGAGGCUGGCCAGCGAUAGAAGGAAGGAGGUUUGCCGAAGAGCUUGGUUUCAGCAAAACAGGACGUUUCCCUGCCCGGUCCCUCCCUCCCUCCCUCCGUACACACACACACACACGCACACACACACACACACACGUGGCCUCCCCUCGCAAGCAGACUCUUAGCUUUACUUGUUCUCUUGAGAUACCACCAGUGGGACUGGAGAUGCUGUGUGCUUUGUAUUAAGUGUUGUCUUAGGAGUUUUAUUGCAUGCCAUAAAACUGCGUAUCAAGUAAAGCUAAAAGUGUCUUUUGGCUGUCUACCUAUAUUUCCAGUUAGAGCUGGACCUGUUCCACUUGCAGCCUCCGUCAAACACCAGCUCUCCUCCCCACAUCUCCUAACCGCUCUCAUUAUCUUCCCUAACAGCAGAAAGGAUAAUGCUAGAAUAAUUAAGACACUGCAUUGUCACUUUACAGUAACUAGUACCUAUUUAUGUAUGUCGGAGUCGUAGCAUGUCCGUGCUGUAGAAAGCAAACCUCUUUAAGAUUGGGCUAAAGACCUCCAUUAGUCUUUUACCCUGAUCAAGGCUGUAUUAUUUCCAUGAAAGUCAUGGUAACUCUUAAAGCACAGGGUGCAGAAUUUCAGCCGGCGUGUUCUGAGUCUGCACUGAGAGAUACCAAGUAUCUCUGUUGGUGAGCAAUAUUAAAGAACCUGCUGGAUCCAAGUUAGAGGUGCUCCUUUAACUGCUCCAGCAGAGCACGUGCCUGGAAAUAAUUGGGGACUCAGGGUCUAAUCCCAUUUCCCGACCUCUCACCCGCACCCUAAAUAGAGUGUAGGAAUGUGGCAUGUAUGUACGGUUGUGUUACGUUCCCUGGAAACCACUAGCACCCUUCCCUGGUCCAUGUGCGGAUACAAGGAACCACCACCAAGAUGGGUCGGUGUCUUCCCUGCAAAUACACACACACUCAAAUGUUGUGGCCGUGUGUCUACACUUGGCGCGGUGAGUUUGGUUUGCUUUUUGUCUGUGAAAUAGUUCUGCGUCUUCAGCCUUUUAGGUGACACCUGGAUUUAUACACUGUAUAUUUAUGUUUCAAGAGAUCUUAAAUCUUUUUAUGUACAUAGUCUUGGUGGGGGGGGUUAUAUUGCUUAGAAUUGACUUCACCUUUUAAUGUCAUUUAAGAAUGCUACAGAGUACUUAUUUUCUUUUUUCUUGUGUUAUUUUUUUAAUUUAAAAUUUUCUUGGGGUAGACUGGAGAAAGAGACCCAAAUUCCUGAGGACAGUUGUACAAGAGGUUUGGGCAUUCUGAAUUUAUCACCAGAACAAAAGGGAAAUCAGAAAGCCAGGGAUGCGAUGCACAGGAGCAGCGGGGCCCUGCAGUGAAGCUUUGAGGAUUUGGCUGGUUUUAACCCAAGGAGAGGUUUUAUUUUGUCCCCCUGCCCUCCCCAGCCUGCUUUGCUCUGGAAGGUCACAUCACUUCCUAUUGCAGUGCGUGGUGAAAUAACCCAGGGCCCUGCAGGGACCCGUGUCUGAGCCCGUAUCCCUCACGCUACUGUCCCGGUCCAACAAACACUCGGCACGGGCACGUGCGCUCACGGCGCGCGGCGAGGCACUGGCAAAGGCGAUCUCAACUCGCUCGAUGAAGUUAGCGGCAAUAAUUGGUGUCACCUCAUUUCCAUUCGGCAUCCUCAGGGCUGUCGGCGAACGUUCCCGGGGACGAACGUGCCCGUAGCAUCACUUUGUGUGCCAUGGUGAAAAGCAGUGAUUAAUUUUUGCCAACAGAAAAGCCUGCGGAUGAACUAAAUGCUGCAGUUCUCUGCCUGAGUGGGCAGAGGCAUACAGAUGGGGGUGGGUAUGUUUCUGUAAAUAUUUAGCAGAAGAUAAUGAAAUUCCAGUGAUGUACAAAAAAUAAUAAUAAUUCCCACAAACAGACCUUCAGUUUGGAGGAUAGAGUUUUUGUCUAUUUUUAUGUAUAUUUUUAUACUGCUUGGGAUAACCUCAUUACCAAAAGUAUCUCUUCUAUGUUGGGGGUCAAGUUCAGUAGCACAAUUUUAAAGCAAAAUUACUCUUUGGGCAUUUUAAAUGCUUAUUUUUUUAUAAGCCUCAAGACAAUUAUAACAAAUAAAAUCUGACUGUGUAUAGAAAUGAUGUAAGAAACCAAGUUUAGUGGAAGUUUUAGAAGAUGUUGAAUAAAUUUUGGAAAGAUGAUACAGAAAUCCUCUAAUGUGGUACCAAGCAGUUGUGUGUGAUUCUUUCCUGAGAAGACCAGCAUUUUGCCUACUGAAAAAUGGAAACAGAAAUGUUUUUACCUGCUGCACCGUGCAGAAGGUUGCAUUAGUGGCUGUGUUUUUUAACUUUUAUCCAGCUGUACCCCUUUUGAAAUAGGUAGUGUUUUCAUCGGUUAGUGAGCUAAGUUGUAUACAACUGUAGUUUUGGUGGGAGAGUAGGAAAGAUUGGGACUAUGGGGCAGCCCUGGUUUUGUAGCUAAUUCAGGCUCCAGCUCAGCAAAUUGUGGCGCGGGUGACUAAAAGGGUGAGAAGAAAAAGUGGGUAGUUAAGUACCUGGUUAGCAAGGACAGGCGGAGCAGGGUAACCUUGCUCGCCUUGCCUUCCUUUGCAGCAAAGGACGGGCUGUGACUUUACAGCAGCAGGAAGGAUUAGCCCCGAGCUCACAGGGUGGUGGUGAAUUGCUGAGCGCUUUCUUUUCUCCUGGAACAGGGGAAGUAAAGGCAGUACAAGUUACCUGGAGCUACAGCUGCUUUUGGUCUGUCCUGCAGUAUCUGGUCUGGGGGUAGCGGUAGCAGCAGCACUGUGGGGCUGACAAAGCAAGGGAGCCACGUGCUGAAGCUCGAGGAUAUGGAUCUAAACUUUCUGUGAGGUCAGGGAGGAUUUUUGGCUGGGCUUGGUCAGAUGGAUACCCACCUGGAUAUCCACGAGGCUCCUGUAAAGCUUGAAAGCUUUUGCUUCCCCUUUGCUUUGACUCAGAAUAAAGCAGUGUCUGAAAUGUUCCCAGUUAAAAAGCGAUACUUGAAGCGUU